CGCUUGCGUUAUUUGGAUUCCUCUCCCUUCCGUCCUGCUGAUCACAACACAGUUCAACAUGUAAGUUUGUGGCUCAUAAGCUUAUUUUGCUAUCACGAAGAUGGAAUAAGGACGCUAAGGAGGUCAAGCUGUGUUUGUUCAAUACCAUUUUAGCAAUACGUAUUAUUGGCCAGCGAAUACCGUAGUAAGUAUACUAAGUAAUAAGUACAGUUUUUGAGUAAGAGCUCUGCCUAGCAGCUGGUUGGUGGCCGUGAGGGGACAUGAGCAGCAGUCCUGGUCCCAGGAGGACCUCUCCCUCCUGCAGUGGGGCGGCCCCGCCGUGUGUUCUCUUUGAGGAGCUGUGGACACGCCUGAGGGAAUGCCACCAGAAUGAAAUUCAAGGAUUGGAGGCCAAAGUGGGCAAGCUGAAGAGGGACCGUUGUUUAGACGCACAGAGACUGGAGGAGUUCUACAGUCGCAACCAGCAGCUGAAGGAGCAGAACAAAGCCCUGAUUGAUACAGUCAGCCACCAUGAGGAAAGGCCCAGGGCAGAAGGGUGUGACCGCUGUGCUAACCUACAACAGAACUUCACAGCCAAACAGACGGAAUUCGAAAACCUUUGUCAAAAGAAUCUUUACCUUAUCGCCUCCCUCAAAAGUGAAAAGAAUAGUCUUCGGGAUGAAAACCUGAGGCUUAUCACAGAGUUGGAGAAACUGAAAGCCUCUAUUUCGGAGCCCCAGCGGUCCAUGUCGCCGGACCCAGAAGACGGCAUGAUCCCAGACUCUCCCAUCAUGCCCAGCUCACUGCCAAUGGCCAACAAGCUGAAGAGAAGAAAGAAGCACUGUGACACCAAAAUGCGCUUUGCAGGGACGCCCCUGCCCGAGUCUCACUGCUUGCCGUUAGAUGACACAGGACUCGAUCAGGGCCUUCUGAAGGCAUCCUCCAGGAGACACAAGAAGGAACUCGUACUCGUACCUGAAACGUGUGAGAUGGACGCGUGUCAAUCCACACGAGACUUUGAUCCCAACCUUGAAGACGUGAUAACCGAAACCUGCGCACAGGAUCUUCCCUCAUGUCCGAUGGGCUACAGACCUGAAGAGGAAGCCGCUAUUCCCCAAAUCAACUUGAUUCCUCCCUCAAAGUGCAAGCUUGGCACAAGGCCACACAGUGUCUCUGCGCCGAUGUUGUCCACUUCUGUCUACCUCCCGAAAUCCACCUUGGGAGAAUCGCCAUCCCUCCUCUCCACAAGCAACAGGCCUUCUGGGGAUCGCUUUGUUUCCAGACCCAAGCGCAAGAAAGUGGAUUCCUACCAUGAGGAGGCGGAGGAAAUCGCCCCAUUAACCCCUCCUCAGGCCGCCUCUCCAGGCCGGCCACAUAUCACGCAGCCACCCCACCCACCCACCAAGGUCUUGGUGAGACCUGCAAGAGACACCUCCAGCAGGGCUUUUCAAGAGGCCAGCAAAGAUCCAGAUCAAGAUGUGACCACCGGAUUACCUUCCCCAGAUCAUGCUGAAAGUAAGCCCACAGUAGAGCCUUUGUGGAGCAUGGACCCUGCGUUGGCUCUCUCCAUGUAUUGUACGCAGUCCGUGGCAGUUGCAAAGGAAGUGCAAGGAACUGAGAAUGAAUCUGCUAACCAAGACGAGACUUUCGUAAGUCACAGCCUUUUCCAACGUCAAGGACACUGUAGCCAAGACAACAACGAAGACUCUGAUGAUGACGACGAAGAAGCCCUUCCAUCAGGGCGAUUCCAGAAGGCUAACAACAGUAUUGACAAAAUGUUUGACGUCACCGCCUUUGGAGAAUACAACUCUGAUAACAGCAGAAGUUUUGACCACAGCCAGCCGGGUCAUGAGGAAGCAGAGGAGGGAAAUGCGCGCCUUCAAGGAAUUGAUAAUGAAGAUCAAAAAGAACGGAACCCAACGUUUGCUCACAUAGCGGUAGUUCGCAAGAAGGAGGAAAGGCAGAAGCUGAAGGGCAGCACAUGCAAGGAGUGCGAUAUUUAUUAUGCCCAUCUCCCAGAGGAGGAGAGACAAAAGAAGCUGUCUGCCUGUUCACGCCACCGCUUCCUGUAUAUCCCGCCGUCUACCCCGGAGAACUUCUGGGAGGUUGGCUUUCCGUCCACACAGACCUGCAUAGACAGAGGUUAUAUAAAGGAAGAAAUAAAUCCACAAGCCCGCUUGCGGAGAAGACAGCCUCUCACUGCAUUGUUUUCGCCAAAGCGUAAGGAGAAGGACACCUGAAAAAAAGAAACAACAUACUGCUCUGAUUGCAUUACAUUUAGAAAGAGAAUGACUGAAUUUGAUCAGUCUUAGUACUAAGACGUACUAUCAAUCUCUAGACAUACACAAUCAAUACAAAUGAUGCUAUUUCUCGACAAAAACUUUGUAAAUACAAAUCAAUAAAAUAUAUCUAUCUAAAGAUCUA